UGCACUUCAGGCGUCAGGCUCCAGCCCCCGAGCACCGGUGCCGGUCGGUGUAGCGAGUGACUGCGCGGCCGCCCCGUCCACUAACCGCAUGUUCCACUCGGGCCAGCGGCUCGACUCUCUCCUGGCCUUGUGUUCGUUCGUCUCCAUGUUCUCUCGAGCAGGAAGUCUCCCUCGGCUCGCGUGGACCGGCUGCCGAAGAAUGGGGAACUUCACAUCGUCCACCAGCGCGGGUCAGUCCAGCGCAGCUUGUGUUCAGUAUGUCCAGGAGGUUGUGACACAGAACUGCGUGGUGAUCUUCUCCAAGACCACCUGCCCUUAUUGCAAAAUGGCCAAGAAUGUGUUCAACGAAAUCGGUGCCAACUACAAAGUGGUUGAACUGGAUGAGCACAACGAUGGGAGGAGACUGCAGGAGGCCUUGGCUCAGAUGACCGGUGCCCGAACGGUCCCGAGAGUCUUCAUCAAUGGAAACUGCAUCGGCGGCGGCUCCGACACCAAACAACUCCACCAGCAGGGGAAGCUGGUGCCCCUGAUCGAGCAGUGCGCCCCCUGCUGCGCCGCGUCCGGCUCCGACGGCUCGGGCAGCGGACAGUUCGAGUCGGCCAAAUGACUAACCGUUCUUGUCGUUCUUUUCAAUCCUGUAUUUAUUCAAUGUUUUCUCGAUCUCCUGCAACAAGCUGUACAUUGCCUGAGCAUGCCCGUUAUUUACAAAGUGCAUUGAAUACUCGAUGUUUAAAACAUACAUACGUUCUCAUCCAGGGAUGUACAGUACUGAUAUUAAAGCUGGCAUCUUUUAAACGAAAACCUCUGAAAAGUGGAACUACUUGAAAUCUCUUCUGAACUGUUUCCCUUACUGAACAUUAUUACACUUUUUCCACAAGCACGAUCGCUCCGAGCCUCAUCAAACGGUGAACAUGCUGAAGUAUUGACUCAUGGAUUUUUUUUUGCAUGUUUUGUAGCAUUGAAAGAACUACUUUAUGAUAAGUACAUUUUAUUGUAAGUAUUUGAACAUUAUAUCUUAUUGGGAAAUUUUUAUUUGCAUUGGGUGUGUCAAAAACGGCCAUUUUGUAUUUUUUUUACAGACUUGUCAAAGCAUUUUCCAUGUAAGUGUGUGAGAUUUUGGCAAUAGUUUGUUGAUGUUAUUUAAUGUUACACAGGUGGUUGUUUUUGCUAAAUGAAUGUGUGUGAGGAAUCAUAUUGCUGCUCCGUGUUAUGAAUAUUUAGAUUUAUGGGGGAAAUGUAAUAAGUCAAAACCAAUUUUUUAAAAAGUUUUAUAAAAUAUGCUGAAUGUAUUAUGAUAAUCAAUAAAUAUGAAUCAAUAUCCA